GUCUUUAACAAAUAUCAAGCCUAAUUUAAUAACACUUGUAAUCAGCUAGGUGUAUGCCAAGGCGAUUGGUAACGCGUGAGGACGUUGAUACCGGCCCCUAUAUAACACUCCAAGAUUCGCCAAAGGACAAAUCGAGGAAAUUCGGCAAAAUGUUCACCGGUGUAUUUAAUUUUUUUGUGCUUAUCGGACUCGUUUUAGGCGAUGAACCUGCAAAACUGAGAUACUUUUACAGUACAAUAGAAGAGUAUACGGAGCUGCCCCUAGAAAGAGCACAGGAUAUCUUCAGCACAUCGUGGUACAACGCUAGCCGAACCACAGUUAUUUUUGCUCAUGGAUUUACAGGUCACCCCCAAGGGCCCGCGGUAACCGCGGUAAUAAACUCAUAUUUGGAACAAGGAAAAAGCAACGUCGUGCUCUUCAAUUGGGAUAAAAUGGCGUCUUCGAAUUCUAACAUGGUCAGUUCGUAUCUGAGUUGGGCAGCGCCUAAUGCGAAAAGGCUGGGUUACAUUUUCUCCGAGACGCUACAGAAUAUGUCGGCCGCCGGGCUCGCGUUGAACAAGACGCACCUCGUGGGCCAUUCACUCGGCGCUCAUAUCUUCGGGAUUGCCGGCAAUACUUUAUUGACGAAAGGGAUCCAGUUGCCAUGGAUUACAGGUUUAGACCCAGCCAGUGCGAGUUUCGAAAAUAGGCCAAAGAUGAUGCGGCUCAACCCAGAGUCCGCGGGCUUUGUGUCGGUCAUACACUCCGACCCCAGCAAGUACGCUUGCAAGAAACCACUGGGCACAGUCGACUUUUGGCCCAAUUUUAGGCCUGGAACCGUGGUGCAACCUGGCUGUAGUAACAAGUCGUAUCCCAUGUUUUCCAAAGAAGAUUUGUGUAACCACAACCGAAGUUGGGAACUACUCAUAGAUGCCAUAAAGUAUCCAGGCACUAUUCUAGGGAGCUACGCAAAAAACUAUAGGCAAUGGAAAAACUCGUCAAAGGAAGAAAAAGAAGCCACUGUGCUAGAAAUUGGAAUCCACAAAGAGGAUCCGGUUCCUGGUGACUACUUCUUCAUCACAACAGCAGAAUCUCCAUACGGUCUCGGGAAACAAGGAUUGUGAUAUGUGAUAAUAGUUGUAGGUAGAUAAUGAUAGAUCUAAAAAUCAUUAAAAGUGUUCUUCAGGUAAUGUAAUCUUUUGAUCGGUUAGUAGGCAAAUCAAAUUAUCCUACAAAGGUAAGUAUUAAGCUUUAUGUUAGUAUUACAAUGAACUGGAUUAGUAAUAGUACUGUUAAGUCUGUUAUUUUUAAGUUAAGUUAGGUAAUUAUGAAAUUGUAUUUUUCCGAAAUAAAUUCAUUCAUUUACUUUAGGACCGUAUUGAUUUGUAGCCAAAUAUACACCAAAGCAUGAAAUGAAAGUUUUAUUGUGCGGGGGGUGGCAAAGUCAAAUAAUGAUGUGUUCCACAAUUUGUUGAUCCUCCGGUCCUGUUCAUGAAUAGCAGUGGAAUAAUUAUUUUGUUGUUAUUCCGAGGCCGCUAAUGAAAACGAUUAAUCAUGGUAUUUGGAACGUUAAUCACCGGACCUGGAAUUUUUUCAACAAUCAUUAGAGCACUCCGAGUGAAAUGGCUUUUUUCUUCGAUGCCAAAUGGAUCCGAAUAUUUUAAUACGACUCCGUAGCUAAGUCAAGGACGGCCUACUUACUUAUGUUAUAAGGAAUUUGUAUUUAUAAAUAUCCUCUAUUAACUUCAUGAUAAAUA